AUGCGCUUCAAGGCCCAAAUACAGAAUAUCUCCACUUUCACAAAGCUCACCGCAUCCCUCAACUCUCUCGGUCCGCUCGCAUGGGUGAAGCUCAGCGAGGAGCAGGUAUGCUUCACCAUCAUACCUGAGCAGGGCACACAGGUCUGGGCUGUUCUCUCCAUUGACGCCAUCUUUGAGACAAUCUCCGUGCAGUCUGCUGCCAACAAUGUCAUCAACCUCGAGGUGCCGCUCAUCUCGCUCAACCGAGCCCUCAAGUCCGCCUUGAACGCCACGUCCGCCCAAAUACGGCUCACGAAGAAGGACAACAUGCCCAUGCUUGCCCUCACCAUCGUCACAACCACUUCCUCGAAUUCGUACAGCGCCUUCCCCACAGCAGGCCCGAACAACGAUGACGGCUUCGACGCACCGUUCGACAACGCCUUCGGAGGCAAUCGCGAGACGGUCGUUACGCAAGAGAUUCCGGUGCGAGUGCUCCCCCCAGAUACAGUAGCCAACCUACACGAGCCGCAGACCAGAGAGCCAGAUGUACACAUCAUACUGCCGCCUUUGAUGCAGCUGAAAAGCAUCAGCGACAGGUUCACAAAGCUAGCGCUUGCGGAUACAAAAUCAGGACCAGGCACAACAGCGUCACGGACACGGCUCGAGGUUGCGGCGAACAUGCACGGCUGUCUCAAGAUGAGCAUCAAGACAGACGCAAUGAGUAUAUCAUCUGUCUGGACUGAUCUCAGCAACCCGGAACUGGAUCCUGCACAGAUUUCAGGAGGGGUGACCGGGCUGGCUGAUCACCCAAGUACGCGCAUGAAGCAACUGGGCUCUGCGGACGGACGUAGCGAAGAGGGUUGGGCGACGGUCAGGAUAGAUGGGCGCGAUUGGGGCAAGGUGAUGAGCGUGGGGAGGCUUGGUGGGAGAGUUAUUGCCUGCUUCUGCCACGAGCACGCUCUGAUUCUUUACGUCUAUCUGCCUAACGACAACGGUGACGAUGAGUCUGUCUUGACUGUACGAGUCCGCUUCCUGACCCUUGACACUCGAGCAGAGGCUGACAUAUCCACAGUACUACGUCAGUUCGUACAGCGCAUGAUGCAGGACCAGGUCGUCUACCGACUUUCUGCGAAUCACGAAUAGAUCCCAAUCUACACGAUACAGCGCACCAAUCCAUGCUGGGCAAUAACGCAAAGUCCCAUAAGAUCCGAUGCGCAAGUGAAGAGGAUGACCCUCCAUACGUUCGGCAACUCUAUUUCCACAGUCAAAAUGC